GGUUUUCUGGUGUCCCCUUUCCCUUAAUGAGAACUGCUUUGUAAAGUUGUCGAUUUCAGCCCUAGAAAAAUGUAGCAACUUUCAUGCGCUAAAGGCUGAGAAUGAAAACUCUCAUUGAAUGCUCGAGAUUCUGUCUGCCAUCAAGAAGAGAUUCUCUGGGAUUUGCCUAGAUCAUUCAUAAUCAGGUGGCAGUUUCUAACCUUAAAUUCUCUAGAUUAAAACCAAAAGGUUGCCUUCCCUUGUUGGGUGACCCUCAUGCGUCUGCAAACAUCAGCACUUUUUCUUUUCUUUUUUUUUUUUUUUCUGGUUUGUUUGGCAGUGAGGGUAAUUUCGUAACAAAAUGAUCAUUAACAGAGAGUUCUCUGGAGCCAUUAUUAUGUCCUAGGAAUCUGAAGGUGGAUUUUGAACGAGGGGUCCGAGGAGUGAGCGCUCACUCUACCUGGCAGUCAACAGCCAAAAGAAGACUGAAAUCAACUUCUAAAGCAAAACGUCUACAUUCUCUGGACAGCAUUUAAUCGAUUCUUAACUCCCCACGGCCCGUCCAGUUCUUCAGCCGGCUGAUAACCCCACUAUUUAUUUACGCAGCAAACACCUGUCUCACCGUAGCUGGCACACGCGGUGAGCCUCGUCCUCCAUCUCCUCGAAGCCUCUGCACGCUCCCCCGAGAUAAGGACCGCGGUCCCCCUUCGCGGGGGAGACGCCGGGCUGUCCCCAGCUUCGCUUGCCUCGGUCGCCCCAGGUUUGCUUCUCCUGAGACGGAAGAGCCCCCUCUCGCCCUCCUGGCGAUCUUCCGGCCCCUGAGUCCCCGCUGCCCGGAGUCGGCGGCACCCCGAGGGGCUGCGGACGCGGUGCCCUUCGGAGCGGGGCGUCGGGCGGCCGGGCUCGCUCCGGGGCGCGCAUGGAGCGGCAGGCGCCCGGCGAGGUGCGCAUGAGCCGGGCCGUGGGGCCCGCGCACGCCAACGCCCGCGGCGAGCUGGGCGCCGCGCAGCUGCUCCGCUGGAUCGACGCCGCCGCCUGUCUGGCCGCUGAAAAACAUGCUGGGGUUUCCUGCGUUACAGCCUCGGUGGAUGACAUACAGUUUGAGGAGACAGCUAGAGUUGGACAAGUUAUCACCAUCAAAGCAAAAGUUACUAGAGCGUUCAGCACAAGCAUGGAGAUCAGCAUCAAGGUUGUAGUACAGGACGUGUUCACUGGCGUUGAGAAACUUGUGAGUGUGGCUUUCUCUACAUUUGUAGCCAAACCAGCUGGAAAGGAAAAGAUUCAUUUAAAACCAGUCACGCUUCUAACUGAACAAGAUCAUGUGCAACAUAACCUGGCCUCUGAGAGAAGGAAAAUUCGAUUACAACAUGAAGAUACCUUUAAAAACUUGAUGAAGGAAAGUAGCAGGUUUGACGAUCCCAUCUGGAGAGAAGAGGAUGGCACGGUCUCCACGAGGGGCACCUCUGUUCAGAGCAUUGAACUUGUCCUCCCGCCCCAUGCUAACCAUCAUGGAAACACAUUUGGUGGCCAGAUUAUGGCUUGGAUGGAGACCGUGGCUACUAUUUCUGCAAGCCGCCUCUGUCGAGCACACCCCCUUCUGAAGUCCGUGGACAUGUUUAAGUUCCGGGGACCAUCUACAGUGGGAGAUCGCCUUGUCUUCAACGCCAUUGUCAACAAUACAUUUCAGACCUGCCUUGAAGUAGGAGUGCGCGUGGAGGCCUUUGACUGCCAGGAGUGGUCUGAGGGCCGGGGCCGCCACAUCAACAGUGCUUUUCUCAUCUAUAAUGCUGUCAAUGAUAAGGAAGAAGUGGUCACAUUUCCCAGAAUCAAACCCAUGUCAAAGGAUGAUUUUAGACGAUAUCGUGGAGCUAUUGCACGCAAGAGGAUUCGCCUAGGCAGAAAAUAUGUUAUUUCCCACAAAGAAGAGAUUCCAUUUUGCGUACACUGGGAUACUGGCAAGCAGGUAGCCCUGAGUCAUGGCAAUGUGGAGGCUCUCAAAAAGCUGGCAGCCAAAAGUGGUUGGGAGGUGAUCAGUGCUGCAGAAAAGAUAAAAAUAUAUACCCUGGAAGAGCAUGAUAUUUUAUCUAUUUGGGUUGAAAAGCAUGUGGAAAGACCAGCCCACUUGGUUUACCAUCUCUUGUCCGACUUUACCAAGCGACCUUUGUGGGACCCUCAUUGCACGUCCUGUGAGGUCAUAGAGCGGGUGAGUGAAGACAAUCAAAUAUAUUAUAUCACCUGUCCUGUAGUGAAUGGUGAUAAACCCAAAGACUUCGUAGUACUUGUAUCACGAAGAAGGCCUCUUGAAGAUUGUAAGACGUUCUCGGUGGCAGCGAAGUCGGUUAUUCUGCCGUCAGUCCCUCCUUCUCCACAGUACAUGAGAAGUGAGAUCCGAUGUGCCGGGUUUCUCAUCUGUGCUAUUGACAACAGUUCGUGCACCGUAUCUUACUUUAACCAGAUUUCUGCUAGCAUCUCUUCCUACUUUGCUGGAAAUCUUGGUGGCUGGUCAACAUCCAUUGAAGAGACAGCAGCUUCCUGUAUACGGUUCUUAGAGAACGCUGUUGAUGAUGGGUAGAUAAUCAGAUUUUAAAUGGUAAACUUUCAAUUACCUGUCAUUUGAUUUCUCACUUUUAAUUCCAAACAUCCUUAACCCUGACACUUGGCAAGCUUUUGGGCCACAAAAUAAUUUAAAAGUAAAAUGCAGUUAUGAAGAGAUUAAAAACAAAAUGCAUCCUAAGUCAAAUACCAAUGAUUUGGGUUGACGUUAAGAGCGUUAAAUCUGUUUCAGAUCCUCUGGGAGGCACAGGCCAUGGAAAAUUGUCUAUAUUCUAUAUUGUGCGUUCUGUAAAAUGGUGCAAAUUUGGUUAAAAUGAUCAUGAACAUUUUUAGGCUACAGAGGUGAAAUGUGUUCUGUUUGAAAUUUUAUAAAAUUUUCUGAAAUAAAAAAUGAUAAGUUGGCUGGUUGAUUAA